GCGGGCAGGUGUUCGACGUGGGGCCGCGCUACACCAACCUCUCGUACAUCGGGGAGGGCGCCUACGGCAUGGUGUGUCUCUUUCAGGUGAAAUAUCAAGUCCUCUUACUGUGAUGUUCCUUUCUUAAUGUGCGGUUGUGUUUGCUCCUCGCCGUGUCUUCUCACAAGACUUCAGGAUCAAGCGAUUCCUGGCCAAGAAACAAAAGCAGAAUUGUCCCAUUCCCCAAUGGAUUGGAGUUAAAACUGGUAAUAAAAUCAGGUACAACUCCAAGAGAAGACAUUGGAGAAGAACCAGGCUGGGUCUGUAAGGAGGAGCCUCGCACAUGAAGUGCUCUGCUUAUGAUAAUGUCAACAAAGUUCGAGUAGCUAUCAAGAAAAUCAGUCCUUUUGAGCACCAGACCUACUGCCAGAGGACCCUGAGGGAGAUAAAAAUCUUACUGCGCUUCAGACAUGAGAACAUCAUUGGAAUCAACGAUAUUAUUCGAGCACCAACCAUCGAGCAGAUGAAAGAUGUAUACAUAGUACAGGACCUCAUGGAAACAGAUCUGUACAAGCUCUUGAAGACGCAACACCUCAGCAACGACCAUAUCUGCUAUUUUCUUUACCAGAUCCUCAGAGGGUUAAAAUAUAUCCAUUCAGCUAACGUGCUGCACCGUGACCUCAAACCUUCCAACCUGCUGCUCAACACCACCUGCGAUCUCAAGAUCUGUGACUUCGGCUUGGCCCGUGUGGCAGAUCCGGACCAUGAUCACACAGGGUUCCUGACGGAGUACGUUGCCACACGUUGGUACAGGGCUCCGGAAAUUAUGUUGAAUUCCAAGGGCUACACCAAGUCCAUUGAUAUCUGGUCUGUGGGCUGCAUCCUGGCAGAGAUGCUGUCCAACAGGCCCAUCUUCCCGGGGAAGCAUUACCUCGACCAGCUGAACCACAUUCUGGGUAUCCUCGGAUCCCCAUCCCAGGAAGACCUGAAUUGUAUAAUAAACCUAAAAGCUAGGAACUAUCUGCUUUCUCUCCCACACAAAAACAAGGUGCCCUGGAACCGGCUGUUCCCCAACGCUGACUCCAAAGCUCUGGAUUUACUGGACAAGAUGUUGACGUUCAACCCUCACAAGAGGAUUGAGGUGGAGCAGGCUCUGGCCCACCCGUACCUGGAGCAGUACUACGACCCCAGUGACGAGGUGAGCGGGUGCCGCGCCCGCUCGGGCGCUGCCUUUGUGUGCCUGUGGGAGUGCUGUCCCCACGGCAAAAGGCCUUCCUCCAGGCCUUGCACAGGUGGGCUGGGAAGGGGUCCUGUGACUGGAGGAGACAUGGAACCACAGGGCCCGCCCUGAGGGUGGGGGGGAGGCUGGGAGAGUCCCUGCAGCGCUUGGGGGCUUCGUGUCUGCUGUGCCUCCCUGGGGACGCCAGAGCCUGAUAUGGGGAACAGGCUGGGCCCAGAGGUGCGUGUGCACGUCUCCAGCGCACGCGGGCAUCCGGGUGAAGCUGCUGCGUGUCCGGCGUCUUCUGUCUGAAAGUCCCCGUUCCUUGGCUCUUUGGUUCCUCUGGGGGCUCACUUUUCAUUUUGAACAGUAAGCCUUCACACUCCUGCUUCUAAAGAGGGCGAGCUGAAUGGAGUGUGUUAAAGGGGGACAUGCAAGAGGAAGAGAGAAACUAGCUAUAAAAGUGCAAAGUAGGGACUUGCCUGGCGGUCCAGUGGGUGAGGCUCCGCACUGCCCGUGCAGGGGGCCUGGGUUCGAUCCCUGACCAGGGAACUAGAUCCCACAUGCCACAGCUAAGAGUUUGCAUGUCACAACUAAGGAGCCCAUGUGCCACAACUAAGACCUGGCACAACCAGAUAAAUAUUAAAAAAAAAAAAUUUUUUUUUUAAGUGAAAUGCAGAUAAAUGAAGAGAAUGAGGAAAUCAGGCAGAGGACGCCUUUAUUGAUCCGGUUCCCCUCCGCAGCGCAUAGCAGGCAGCUGCUGAGAGCAGGCGCACUGCGCGCUUCCCGCAAGCCGGAGGCUUCCUGAGCCCCGCGUCCCUCUCUCAGGCUGCGGCGGGAGCCCACACCCCGCGGGGGUCGGGACGAGCAGACGGGUGCCGUGUGUGGGGUCCUGCACGUCAAGCCCUCCUUCAGGGAGGGGAGCUGCCUGUUUUUCUCUUUCCCCCGUUCAAGAGGCCAGAGGCUAGAGCAGAGUUUGGGGUGCAUGUUUCGUUUCCGUCACGUCCUGGUAUGCGGGUGACGUGGAUAUGGUCUGGGGUGCCUGGUGACAGCUGUAUCAGUAUCAGGUUACUUCUGUGACAUUGCAUUCAUGGGGGGCUUACAAGUUACAGUAGUCACUGACUAAUUUCAUCAUUUAUCACUGAGUGUGCGUGGAGGUUCUUUGACAUAAGUAGACAGUAUUAACUUUCUGGUUAUUUAUAGAGAGUAUCCUAAAAAAUAAAAGCAGAAACUUGCAGAAAAAUACAAGAAGGAUAACUUUGUAGUCUUGUUACACAGUUGUCAUCAUUAAAAUUUUGCAGUAUUUCCUUCUGGGUUUUAUGUUUCUGUAUCUAAAUUUUAAAAAUAAAGUAGGGUUCAUUGUGUUUAACACAAAUAUGGGCCUUUUGCCAUGAUUUUCAUCUUCCUGCGGCUCAGCUUUUAAUGGCUCCGUGACGUUUCUUCAUAUAAAGACCCUGUAAUGUGUUUAAUCAAAUGCGUUUUUUUGAGUAUCGAGGACCUUCAUUGUGAACACAGACCAGCAGCAGCAGCCCUCCCACCACUGCAGAGUCACGUGGGGACGCGCCCUGUCGUUCCUUCAGGGCUCGCGGGAGGCGCCUCCGGGCUGGGGCGCAGUGCCGGGCUGCUGGUCGCAGGUGCCAGUCCUGCCGUCUCGGUUCCUGAGCCUGGGCGCUGCAGAAAGGCAGUUGCCUCACCCACAGCCACUUUUGUCUGAGUGUUCUGUUUUCUUUUCAAGCCCAUCGCCGAAGCACCGUUCAAGUUUGACAUGGAAUUGGAUGACUUGCCCAAGGAAAAGCUCAAAGAACUCAUUUUUGAAGAGACCGCUAGAUUCCAGCCAGGAUACAGAUCUUAAAUUUCUCAGGUAUCUGGAGCUUUAACCAUAUAAUAAAUUCUAGCAAAGGAGACAGGAUAGAACUAUCUGUCAUUAAGGAAGGGAUGUUCGCAGGCCAGUGUGGAAGCGUCGCAGGUUUAGGUGUGGCGGACAGUGCAGCACUGCUGGUUUUUCAUAAGGUGUUCAGACAGAGGGCACAGUCUCGAGUCUAGAGGAUCCACGGGAGGGGGGAGAGUGGGGCUUGUGUGGGAACUCUGUAGAAACGGGCAGUGAGAUGAAGCUUUAUGAGCAAGGGUUGAGGCACCUGCUGGGGACGCGCUUUGGACAGAGCGGCCCCGGACAGCUCGAUGGCCGGGCAGCGGGGUCUGCAGAUACAGGACCACUGAAGGGGCUGUGGGCGGGUCACGAAGGGCAGGUCCUGUGGCGGUGGGCACUGGGGGCUCUCAGGUGCCAGGCCUUUUUAUUUGCGUGCAGUGGGGCCAGGCCGAGGCUUGGGCCCUGGUUGCCUGUGCUGGACAGCAUCCAGGCUUGAGAUCAGAAGCUGCUCGAGCUGUUUCAGACAGAGGCACGCGAUGCGUCAGGAGGCUUUGGAAGGGCUGUCGAGCAAAAGGGGGGCGGUGGGGCUGCCAGCAGAGGGCAGCUGCAGGGGCUGAAGGGCAGGCAGGGGUGGGAGGGAUCACUGCAGAGGAGACCCCAGGUGUCCCCUGCUCGCCGAUGUCCUCCGUGGCAGCUGAGUGCCUGUAAAGGGUCAAGGUAUGUUCCGUAUAUUUUGUUUACGGGGGUGUGUUUUAGAGAUGUUUCCACUGGAAAGGUGGAAAGGUGUAAGUGGCUCGUAGCUUAUGACGAGCCUGCAGUGCCUCCGGCCUCGGGUCGGCCGCAUCCUCACAGGCCAUCUCCCUACCUGCUUCCCCGGGGAGGUGGAGCAGAGUUGGUGCCUGCCCUGCCCUUCUUCCUCCUCCGCCUGGCACUGGACUUUCUCAGGGGACUGAUAACUAGAGGCAUUAACCUCUGUUUCCCUUUGGUUUCAUUAAAGAGGAAAGCAUUUAGGGCAGUUUGUUUCCUGCCGGCCCCUGGUGAGGCUGCAGUUCAUAGCAGCCCACCUCUGGGAGGAGGUCCCAGCUCGUCCCUGAGCCCGUCUCCCCAUCCUCCCUGCGGCAGGUGGAGACCAUCCACCUGGCAGUGCCUGUGCGCCGGGUGCCACCUGCCGGCGGGCGUUUGACUCCAGGCCGUGUCUCCAGGGGAAGGAAGGUCUGCUUUGCUCACCUCCUGACUCGCUUGGGUACCGUCCUGCUGUCUCCACGCAGCUUCCUUGUGAGACCAGAGAAGAUGCACUUCUGCCCCGACAGCCCUGCGUUCCCCCGCUACUCACCCCCGCCAUCUGUGCCCACGGCUGAGAACUGCUCGUCUGUAAAUGGGUGGAGUGGAUUUGACCCAGGAUAUAACUUCCUCAAGUAAAAUAGAGGUGUCAGGAGAGUGAUGGGGGACCUCAGGGGCCUCCUGAGGGGUCCUCACGUGUCUGCAGAGCCGGUGGGACCUGGCGGGGCAGCAGCCAUCGGGUCCCCUCCUGCCCUUCCCGGGUGCAGGCGCGCCAGCCUCACGCUUCUGACCCGCGCUUGCUUGUGCUUGUUGUGUUUGGUCAGAGAAAAUGCGCGUGUUGGAAACAGCGCGCCUCCUGCCGCCUGUGUGGCUACUCCUUACCUACCUGCUCAUCCAGGGAGAUGUGCUGAGCAGCGGAGGCAGAAGUGUUGUCCGCUUACACGUGUGUCUACAAAGACUCUCGGAUUCUGGUUUGGACCGCUGGUUAAUAAAAGACCUCUGGGGGGGACCUCCUGGUGGCGCAGUGGUUAAGAAUCCGCCCGCCAAUGCGGGGAACACGGGUUUGAGCCCUGGUUCAGGAAGAUCCCACAUGCCGCGGAGCAACGAAGCCCGUGCGCCACAGCUACUGAGCCUGCGCUCUAGAGCCCACGGGCCACAAGUACUGAGUCUGCGUGCAGCAACUAUCAAAGCCCGUGAGCCUAGAGCCUGUGCUCCACAACAAGAGAAGCUUUGGCAAUGAGGAGCCUGCGCACCACAACGAAGAGUAGCCUCCACUCGCCACAACUAGAGAAACCCUGUGUGCGGCAGUGAAGACCCAACACAGCCAUAAAUAAAAUAAAAUAAAAUAAAAGUCUUUUUUAGAAAGAAUGCGCUAGGGAGCACGGAUGCACUGGUGCUGGCCCAGCUGUGACCCUCAGGUGUGACUUGAGCCACGGGGUUCAGAGGGAAAUGACCUUUUCUGUAGGAGUGUGUUUCCUUUGCUUUUUCACUUUUCCAUUUUCCUAGCACUGCUGCUGCGUCCACGUGGUUCAUCCUCAGCUCACAGUCUGUCUGUUUCCCAACAGGACGUGGGCUCUGAGGACGGGCCGCGCAUGGACGUCGCUGUUCUUCCUCCCAGCUCCUGACCCCAGGCCUGUCUCCAGCCCGUCUUGGCGUGUCCACCUGACUCCUUUGAGCCGUUCGGAGGGGCGGUUUCUGGUAGUUGUGGCUUUUAUGCUUUCAAAGAAUUCCUUCAGUCCAGAGAACUGUUCCUGGCACCCCUGUGUGUGUCGCCCUCCGGUGACCUGUGGCAGUACGUACUUCAGGGCACCUACUGCUCACCUUGCUUUAGUCACUAAUUGCUUUCUGGUUUGAAAGAUGCAGUGGUUCCUCCCCUCCUGAGUCCUCCCUCCCGACGCCCCGCCGACCCCGCCGUCACUGCCGGUCACUGCAUCUCACCUUCCGGUAGGGCGGCCGCUCCUCGGGCACUUGAAGGCAGCGCCGGCCUCUCUUUGCACUCCUCCCGCCCUGCCGGGGCCCCUGCAGCUCGUGCUCCCGUCCUGGGCCCCCCUCCUCAUGUCAUGGGAAUCCCUAGCAGAUGCAAGGUAUGUGCUGCUUGCCCAGCUUUUAGAAAAUUCAGUCCUUUUUCUAAAUAAAAGGAAGUCCUGCUUCAGGCAGCUCCACCUGCAUCACGUGCAGUCCUGGGUGUUGCAAGACUUACGCAAAAAGAUGUCGAGGGGCAGCUUCCCUCGGGAUUUGGUGAGGGGUGCGCGAGGUCAUGCGGGCUGCCUGGGUGGCACGGGGCUGAGCUCCAUGCCUAGCAGGCACGGGUGCCAUGGGCACUGUGGCCACACUUGACGCCUGCGGGUCUAGCGGGGAGGAACUCUGCAUCUUUCAGUGAGAAAGUGUACACUUCCUUUUCCUCCUACAGCAUGUCAGCAUCUCAAGUUCAUUUUCAACUUAUGAUAUAACAAUUUGUAAUAAAGCCUCCGUGAGCUCACGA